CUUGAAGGAAUGGAAAAUGGAUCCAUCACAUAAUUCCACACCAGGAGCAGCAACCACAUUUCGUGAAUCAGGGGACUUCAUCAAUGAAACUCACAUUUCAACAUUUGUCAAUCCCAAUCUACCUGAAGGAUGGGUAUGUGUGAACAAGCUCAUGAUGGUGGAGGAAAUGGAAUACAAGGACGAGAUCCGAUGUACGCAUAUUCUACAAAAAUCGUGCCACGACACCUUCCAGACCGUCUUCAAAGCCACAGAGGUAGAGGAGUGUAAGGACAGGUUCAUCAAGAACUGCGAAAUUGAAUACCAUCCCAUUCCCAAAACUGAAAAAAUCGAGGUUUGUCAUCGACCUAUGGUUCGUGAUUGCCAGUCCGAGGGGGAGAUAAUCUGCUCCAACGAAUAUGAGACUGUAUGUGAGACAUUGUAUCACGAGAAUGAGGUCGAGGAUCAGAUUGCCCAAUGUGAAACCAAGCAAGAGGAGAUGUGUACGCUAGCAGGAAAAUGCGUGCUAGUCCCUCGUCAAGAAUGUACCAUUAUGAAAAUGAACGGCACCCGACUCACACCGGAGACCGAUUGUCGACAAGAGAUCAGAAAAGUGUGCGGCUCAGAGGCUUGUCCGCUCAUCCGUGGACCACGAAUAUGUGCCAACGAGUUGAAGACUUUCGUUCAAGAUGUGCCCCAGGAGACUUGCCAUCUCAAUGCUCAAAGAAUCUGUAAUCCCACGAGCAAGAUCAUUCCCAAAUUAGAGCAACGUACCAAGUGUAUAGAUGUGCCCCGCGAGGUUUGCCAUACGGUUCAAGUGGCUGCCAAAGUGGUUAACAGGCCCGUCGUCAAGAUCUGGUGUGGCCCUAAUCCAAAUCCUCGGAAAUAGAAAUGAUCCCCAUGUCAACAAUCUAGACGGACGGAGUGCACAUCGUAGUUUGAGAUAGAUAGGUCAAAAAUUAACUUUUUUUCUGGAAAGACUUUACCGCAAUGGUAUCUUUCAUAACAUAUCAAUAGCAAUAUAGAGAUUGAACAUUUUAUUACUAAAUGUGAUAUAGAACCAUGUUGAAUACCAAUACUAGUCGACGUAAUAUGUUCAAAAAUGAAAUACAACUUGCCUAGAUGAUAAAUUAAUGGUGAU